UUUACAUUAUAGUGUAGUGAUAGAAUCGUGCCAUUCUAUGAAUUUUCGCGUUUACGUACAUGAAAACUCGAGCGUAAAUAAAAAACGACGACGAAUGACAACGGUGGCCAAGCAACGAGACGCUUGUUUGACCUUUCGUUACCGUAUUUUAGUGUUUUUGUUUCUCUGUAUUUUCUAAAAGAAUCAAUAUUACCUGCAAGUGAGUGACUCAUCAGCAACCAUGUUGGUGCCAAUAUUCACCCUCAGAUUGAACAAUAAAAUCAAUCCUCGUAUGGUGACAAUCGGCAAGUAUGAUGGGCAGCAUCCGAAUCUGACUGCAGCAACAAUGGCAGGCAAGGUUUUCAUCCACAAUCCACAUUCUCGCUCUACUUCUGGUGGUCGCAGCAUGGAAAUCAAUAUCAACUCUGACAUCAGUAUGUUGAAUAUAAACCAGAAAGUGAGCGCCCUCGCUGCUGGUCCACUAGAUACAGUUGGAGUUCAUGAUCACUUGGUUGUUGGUACACCAACAAACAUUCUGGCAUAUGAUGUCCAGAAUAACACAGAUUUAUUUUAUAAAGAUGCCCCAGAUGGUGUAAAUGAUGUGGUUAUUGGAAAUCUUGGAUCCAUUGAAGCGCCACUUGCAAUUGCAGGUGGUAACUGUGCGCUCCAGGGAUAUGAUAUAGAGGGCAAUGACCUUUUCUGGACUGUGACGGGCGAUAAUGUAUGUUCUUUAGCUUUGACUGAUUUCAAUGACGACGGCAAAGAUGAAUUAGUUGUUGGUUCGGAAGAUUAUGAUAUCAGAAUCUUUCAAGAAGAUGAAAUUAUUGCUGAGAUGACAGAAACUGAAGCAAUCACAAGGCUUUGCCCCAUGACACAAGGGAGGUUUGGUUACGCUUUAGCCAAUGGAACGGUCGGAGUCUACGACAAGAGUUCACGCUUCUGGCGAAUUAAGUCAAAAAAUCAGGCAGUUAGUAUCAUCAGUUUCGAUCUGAACAACGAUGGCGUACCAGAGCUCAUCACGGGAUGGAGUAACGGCAAGGUGGAUGCCAGGAAUGACCGUACUGGUGAAGUUGUGUUUAAGGAUAACUUUCCAGUGUCAUUGGCUGGUAUUGUCACUGGUGACUAUCGCAUGGAUGGCAACACAGAAUUGAUCUGUUGUUCUAUUGAAGGAGAGGUUCGUGGCUAUCUGCCAGCCUCCAAGGAGGUCCAAGGCAACUUGAUGGAGAUAAACAUGGAGCAAGAAGCCAUCAGAGACCUCAGCCAGAGGAAACAAAAUCUACUACUGGAACUAAAGAACUAUGAAGCUAAUGCAAGGGCUGCCCAUGAGGAGAGGCCAUCUGGCUUAGGAGACCUAGACAAGGUCCAGAUGGGUAUCAUACCAGCCAAUACUCAACUCCAAACAACACUGGCAGUUAACCCCGGAACAGAUGGCAAGUCUCCACACGUUGAACUGAUUGUUUCUACCACAAAUGAGAUGAUCAUUAGGGCAGUACUGAUUUUUGCAGAGGGAAUAUUUGAGGGUGAAAGUCAUGUUGUUCAUCCAUCCGCAGUCAACUUGACCCAAUGUGCCAAAGUUCCGAUUGUUCCACCCAAGGACAUCCCAGUGGACCUCCACAUCAAAGCACUGGUUGGCCAUAAGCACAGUACGCAGUUCCACGUGUUUGAGCUGUCCCGUCAGCUGCCGAGGUUCUCCAUGUACAUGAUCUGCAAAGUGAAGCAAGAGGAACCAAACAGUUCAGUGACCUUAACAAUCAACGAGAGAACACAACGGGUUGUAAUGUGGUUGAAUCAGAAUUUCCUCCUUGAAGAGGAUCUGGUUGCCGAUGGCAACUUGGAUUUACAAUUCAUGUCUUUAAGAGGAGCAGGUGUGCUUGCUUUCAAGAUGGAGCAAAAUGGACAGAUCACAAUCAAGACCAAUGACAUGGACUUGGCAGGGGAUCUGAUCCAGGGUCUGGCAUCAUUCUUAGGCCUAGAUGACCUGCAGUCUACAGCAGAUUUCCCCAUGCACAUGGAGGACCUGAAAAAUGUGCUGAUGAAGGUGGACGAAUAUCACGCUGUCAGACAGAAACUUACAGCAGAAAUGGCCGACCACUCGAACCUCAUCCGCAGUUUGGUCGUUAGGGCUGAAGAUGCUAGGCUCAUGUGUGAUAUGCGAAACAUGCGUAAAGGUUACAUGGAGUUAUUUGACCUGAAUAAAGAUCUAGUCAACGGCUACAAGAUUCGCUGCAAUAAUCACACAGAGUUGUUGAACUGCCUCAAACUUGUCAAUCAAACGAUUCAGAAAGCCGGUCAGCUUAGAGUUGGCAAGCACAAAACACAGGUAAUUACAGCUUGCAGGCAGGCGAUAAAAACCAACAACAUUAACAGUCUAUUCAAGAUCAUCAAAUCAGGAUCAUUGUAACCAUCAUGCACCUGUUCGUACAUCACUUCCUGUUCAUCAGUUAAUGCUGACCACAAUGCAGUGUGGUUUGAUCAGAAUGUCAGAUUAGGUGUGAGAAAUCUGUUGAAAUAUCCAAGUAAUGUAUUUCUGUACUUAACAUUGAGUUGGCUGACCAUGAUGACUGAGACAACUACACAGUACUGUCUCUUUUCAGACAGGGAGGACUUUUCCAUAAUAGUAAUGGUUGUAGACUUGUAUAUAGCACAUAAUACUAGGUCUCUAUUCACUUUCAACAAAUAUCCAAUAGAAUACUAAACAAAUAAUAAAAGAAACUUGUAAGAUGAAGACAAAAAAAAAGAAAUAACAAAAACCACAAAAAAAAAAAGAAAAGAUGGAUGAGAAAAGAGAAGUUUUAAGUCUGGCCUUAAAUAAGGAAAUGGAUCACAGUUCCCCUACUGUAUAUUGAUGGGAAGAGUGUUUCAGAGUUUUGGAGCAGCGACCUUAAACCAUAAUCGGUAAUAUUACAUCAUAACUGCUGGCUAAAUCUGUCUGAAAUGGGCUUAGUUGUCUUAGAUGUGAUAGUGAAAUUUAUUUUUUUUUUACGCAUAAUUAUAAGACAGGGUUAUGAAUAUUUUCUGUGGUGAAACAUUGAAACCACUAGCCAAGUUUGACCCAAUUAAGUGACCUUUGACCAUGUAAAGUUACCCCACCUCUUAUCAAUUAUGGUGAUGCUAUAUUCCUAGAAAAUUCAAAUCACUUCGUAAGUGAAGUAAUUAAAGUACUUGUUAAACACCUUGAUACUAUUAUUGUAAAUAUUUUAUUUCAUUUAUUUAUUCAACCAAUGCACAUACAAUAGGUACAACACUACUACAGGGGAACUUAGGUAUAAUUUGAUUACAUGUAUAACUCAUGGAGAGUCAGCUGCCCAAGAAAUUAUUUUAAAUUGAUUUUCUAUUAUUGCAGAUUAUUUAUAAGAAAUUGUUUCUAUAGUAACCAUGGACACAAUAUGGUAGCAAUAGUUGAGGAAUGUUGAGUCUGUAGUACAAAGGAUUAGUUUCAUUUUGUUUGUGUUAAUGUUUACACACUGUACAUGUAGUAGUUUUGUAAAUAUGUUGUUCAAAAAUGUUUGUAAAUUAGGAAAUAUUAUCCAAUAAUGUUAAGACAAAACAUAUUAGCAAAUAUGUAAAUAUAUAUUACUUCAUCAGAAAAACAUGCUAAUCCUAAAGAGUACUUGUACCAUUGGCCAUCUUGUAUAUUUUAAUUAAUAGAAAAGCAGAGAGAUAAAAUAGCAUAUAUAUAUAUAUAUAGAUACAUAACUACUUAAGUGGAUUUGACAUUAAAUAUUUUGGACAUCUGUAUCUUA